CGGCCGUGCUCCCCUCCCCUUCCGGCGGCCAUGGAGCCGGGCUGGGAUCUGGCCCUGGAGCCGGGCUGGGAGCCGGGCGAGCCGGGCGAGCCGAGCUGGGCCCGGCCCGGGGGCGCGCUGGGCGGCCGGGGGCUGCUGGCGCUGGCCGUGGCCAGCGGGGCGGCCGUGUGGGCCACCUGGGCCGUGCUGCUGAUGCCCGGCUUCCGCCGCGUCCCGCUGCGCCUGCAGGUACCGCGGCCCCCCGAGCCCUGCCCCCGGCCCCGCUGCGCGGCCCCCGUGACCCGCUGUGCCCCCCAGGUGCCCUACCAGCCCUCCAGCCCCCGGCAGGUGGCCAACACCCUGGCACUGCUGCGGGGCCGCGCCGGCAAGACCGUGGAUCUGGGAUCCGGAGAUGGACGGCUCGUGCUCGAGGCUUACAAGCAGGGGCUGAGGCCAGCCCUGGGCUAUGAGCUCAACCCCUGGCUGCUGUGCCUGGCCAACUACCGUGCCUGGAAGGCUGGGUACCACGGGAAGAUCUCCUUCCUGAAGAAGGAUCUGUGGAAGGUGAAUCUCUCUGACUGCCACAACGUGAUCGUGUUCCUGGCCCCCAGCGUGAAGCCUCCCUUGGCCAGCAAGCUCCUGGCAGAACUGCCCGACGAGGCGCGGGUGGUGGCAGGACGCUACCCCUUCCCCUCCUGGAGCCCCAGCAGCACCCUGGGCCAGGGCCUGGACCAGGUCUGGGCCUAUGACAUCAAGGAUGUGCGGCGGGAAGUGCAGGGCAGCGCCCAGGAAAGCCGGGUCUGACCCCAGCCUCGUUAAACCCGGUUUAACAGCAGCCUCCUUAAGCCUGGCAUUAAGGGUCAGAGCCACUCCAGCCCUUGGCUCAGCUCAGGACAGAAGUGCUUGGCCAGCAUUUGCCCUGGGGACUUGCAGGGUGGCAGAUCUUCAUUUUUCCAGAGUGUGAGCAAAGCAAGGGAGGAGAAAAAUCAGACCUGGAAAUCCUGGGGUUAACGCAGGAUUGAAGGGAUGACGCUCCAGUGCCUCUUUUUGGAUGAUUGCUGCUUUAUUUCAAUUUAAGUUUUAAAUUAAGAACUUUAAAAAUAAAGUUUUGGUUGAUUAUU